AUGGGUAAGGGAGCCGUUCAUCCUAAUGGCUCUAACUUUUGUCGUUUUUUAAAAUACAAUAUUGUAGAUAAGAUGAGGACGCUUGUUAAUACAAAUUUAUAUGACACUCCUCGUUGGUUAGAAUGGUCUGAGAGAGCUCCACCUAUGGAGAUAUAUAAUAUAAGUUUGAAAACAAAAUAUAAUAAUAAUAAAUAUAUGGAAUUAGUAAAAUUUUUAUUAAAAAAAUAUCCUCAUUUAAGAUUUCAAGAUUGUUAUGUGGAAGGUAAUAAUAAUAUUAAAGGAUAUGAUUAUUUUAGAAAUGAUCAUAUAAUUACGCAAAUGGCUACUCAUCAGUUAUAUUAUAUGAACAGAGGCUAUUCUAGAAAAGAGGCAUUAGAAAAAACAGAAAAAAUAUUUUAUGAUAGACGUAUGGACAUAGAGAAACAACAAAAAAUAAAUAUGUGUUUAGCUAUUGAUGAAAAAGUAAAGCCUAUAUAUACUAAUGGCUAUCAGUAUUUAUAUGAAAAAAUGGCUGAUAAUGAAAAGGCACAUUUGAGUAUUAUACUAAAAAAAUUAAGAAAUAUGAAAGAAAAGUUACAAAAAAAGGGUAACAAUGAAAGUGAGGACCAAAAAAAAGGCACUGUCACAUAA